GCGUUACGGCAGGGCGCGCAGCCCCCGGGCGCGGGAGCGAGGCCAUUCGGGUCACCCCGGGGGUGGCGUGGUUCCAGUUGUGUGCGGGGGAGGCCACCGAAGCUGCCCCUGCACUGGACACGUGUGCUACGUUCGGAAAGUUCAAAAAUGAUCAGUAGUUUGCGAUCCCAAGUCUGUUUUCGGAGAAGCGUUCCCAGCCCCUCCCUGCUCCCCUCUCAGCCCCUUGGUGCGCUCGUCCAGGGGGAGGGGGUGUGGCGGGGCGUUCCGGGCGGGAAAUUCAGAAUUUGGGCGGGUGGCCGGGCUCAUUCUCUCGCUCUUGUUCCCCUGCGCCGUCGCUGCCCGCCGUCUACCCCGCUAUGCCGUGCUCCGAAGACACGCUCGCCGUCUCCCCCAGCAAGCGGCCCCGGCCGGCGGAGGAGGGCGGCCUGCGGCUCCGCUUCGUGCGGCUCUCGGAGCACGCCACCGCCCCCACCAAGGGGUCCGCGCGCGCCGCGGGCUACGACCUGUACAGACGGGGCGACAGUAAAAACAGCAGCAGCACUAGCUGGGUGGACCUUGGAGCAUCAGUUCCUCAGCAGUGUGCAUCUCCAGGGCUGGUCACAGUGGUCCGCUCUCCCCGCAGCCCGUGAAAGGUCAUGGCCGCAGCUGGGUGUGCUUGCCAACCCACCAACACCAGCAGACCAGAUGCAACCCAGCUGUCCCCAUGCCUAUGAUUACACAAUACCACCCAUGGAGAAAACCCUUGUGAAAACCGACAUUCAAAUAGCUCUUCCUUCUGGGUGCUAUGGAAGAGUAGCUCUUAGAAGGCUCACAUUGGCUCAAGAGGUUCUCGCUGUGAGAAAAACUGAAAAUAUAGCUCCACGAUCCGGCUUGGCUGCAAAACACUUUAUAGAUGUAGGAGCUGGUGUUAUAGAUGAAGAUUAUAGAGGAAAUCUUGGUGUUGUGCUGUUUAAUUUUGGCAAAGAAAAAUUUGAAGUAAAAAAGGGUGACCGAAUUGCACAGCUCAUUUGUGAAAGGAUUUUUUAUCCAGAAAUAGAGGAAGUUCAAGUUUUGGAUGACACUGAAAGGGGCUCAGGAGGUUUUGGUUCUACUGGAAAAAAUUAAAAUUUAUGCCAAGAAUAGAAAAUGAGAAAUAGUUUUUGUUUGGUGUUUUGCACUCCUGUAAACUUAACAGCUUUAGAUUCUAAAAAAGAAUUCUACUUGGUUCUCUUAUGAUCAAGGAAAAAGGUAAUCUGUUGGGAUCACAUUGAACCUUUUUGUGUUUUUCUACAUUUGUUGUUGUAUAAAUAUUCAUGGUAACCUAAUAGUUUGUUUUUUCAAUCAAACGUACAUCAGUUAUAGGUCCCCAGAACUGUAUUAUUCACUAAAUGCUACUCAUUCAACAACUUAUUCUUCGGUUUGUUUUAUAGAUCAUAAGCAAAGCCUUUUAUUCAAUAAAUUUGAAUUCUUUCACAGAUACAAAUUAUUAUGUAAACUGAACUAAAAGAUAAUAAAAAAAGUUAUUCCUUGUUC